UCGGGGCGACGGGGAGCGGCGCUCGCGCGGGCCUCGCGCGCUUCUUCAGUCGUCACCGUCACCACCAGCAGCAGCAGCGGCAGCAGCACGAAGCUGCCACAAGCAACUAGACGUGGUGGGUGGUGGUGGUGGUGCUGGUGGUUGUGGUGGUUGUGUUGUUGUUGUUGUUGUUCUAAGUCAGGGCGGCCGAGCAGUCUUGUGACGAGGUGGACGGCGGGGGGGAGGGUCUUCUCGUAUUGGGGUUCGUCACCCAUCGCCGCCACCAUCAGGUCGCCUCGUGAGUUGAAGGAGGCGGCGGAGGAGCCUCAUCUCUCCAUCGUCGUUGCCUGCCCCGUGGUUCGUUGCCGUGGCGUUUGGAGGCCGAGCGUCCUAGCGUCCCACGAGGUGAGGGAGGUGGACAGACAACCGAGCGAGCUGCCACCAUGGGAUCGGACUUGGGCUGUGGGUGGUUGUUGGGCUGGGAGACCCUGGGGCUGCAGGGUGCUCUGGUGGCAGCGCUGGGGCUGUCUCUGAGCGUAUGGCUCACCAUCCUGCUCGUCUUCAUCAUUGUGCCCGCCACCUUCGGCAUCUCCUUCGGCAUCCGGACGAUCUACAUGCGCAGCCUGCUCAAGAUAUUCGAGUGGGCCACCUUGAGGAUAGAGCGUGGCAUCAAGGAAUCGAAGCACAAGGCGUACAAUACCAACUCCAAUGGAAUCCUCGUCAAGGUGGAGGAGAGCAGCCUGGAGGAGGAGAUCGCCAAGGGGCGGCUGGCGGUGGGCGGGGAACCGGCGCCCGAGUUCGGCCUCGCCGACACGUUCUACUUCUGCCGCAAGGGCCUGGAGGCCAUCGUUGAGGACGACGUGACCAAGCGCUUCACGGCCGAGGAGAUCGAGUCGUGGAACCUGCUCACUCGCACCAACAACUACUUCCAGUACAUUAGCGUGCGUCUCACCGUCCUGUGGGGCCUCGGCGUCGCCGUGAGAUACGGCUUCUUGCUGCCACUACGGGUGACUUUGGCAUUUAUCGGCAUUGGCUGGCUGGUGGUCAGCACUACGGUUCUCGGCUAUUUCCCCGAGGGCAAGAUGAAGGAGUGGCUGAGCGAUCAAGUUCAUCUCAUGAGCAUGAGGAUCUGUGCCCGCGCCCUCACUGCAAUCAUCUCCUACCACAAUCGGGAGAACAUGCCAAAGAAAGGUGGAAUCUGUGUUGCCAACCACACAUCACCGAUCGACGUCAUUAUCUUGGCCAAUGACCGUUGUUACGCCAUGGUGGGGCAGAAACACGGUGGCCUCAUGGGGGUCAUACAGAGGGCCAUCGUGAAGGCCUGCCCCCAUGUCUUUUUUGAGCGUUCUGAGAUCAAGGACCGGAAUCUGGUCACAAAAAGGCUAAGUGAACAUGUGGCCAACAAGAAUAAGCUUCCAAUACUCAUCUUUCCUGAAGGAACCUGCAUCAACAACACAUCGGUCAUGAUGUUCAAGAAGGGAAGCUUUGAAAUCCAAGGGACAAUCUACCCUGUGGCCAUCAAGUACGACCCGCAGUUUGGAGAUGCCUUCUGGAACAGCAGCAAGUACGGCAUGGUGAACUACCUUCUGAGGAUGAUGAGCAGCUGGGCCAUAGUGUGCAACGUCUGGUACCUUCCCCCCAUGACGCGCAGGGAGGAUGAGGACGCGGUGCAGUUUGCCAAUCGCGUUAAAGCCGAGAUUGCCAGCCAGGGUGGCCUCGUCGACUUGCUGUGGGACGGUGGCCUCAAGAGGGGCAAAGUCAAAAACACAUUCAAGGAAGAGCAGCAGAAGCAGUACAGCAAGACCAUCUGUGGGGAGCCCGGCGAGCAGGGCACCUCAUGACACCGGUGCCACGCGUACCCUCCACACACCAGCACUCUUCCUGCACUGGCCGUGUCCACCUCCAUCACAUCGGCACCGCCCUCACUCCAGUACACACCGCACGAGGCCCCCCCCACUGAUCUCCCACCAGCACUUGCAUUCUAUGUUACACCUCUGUCUCUGUUAUCCCUCGAUGCUACAACUACAGCUGUGCUGCUCACAGUCGGCGAUACAGGCUGCCUUUACCCUGUUCGCGGUAGAUGUGCGUCACUACUUUAAUAGCACUCCAAGUAUAACAGAAUAGCCUUGGCUUUCAAAAUGCUUCACCUGCAUUCUGUAGCUGGCACUCCACACCAGUACUGCACACGCUGCACACACUGCACUGGUACGCGCGCACACAUACACACGCACAUGCUACCACGUGUGAGUGGCAUAGCCUGCACUGUGGUCUGCCCUACCUUAACCUUGCGUUGCCUGUACAACAUCGGGUCCCUCUGCGCUGGGUGUGGUCACUGGCCUUGAAGAGUCGUAACACUACAUGUUUUCAGUUGUGUAAAUUAUGUGCGGUGCAACAACACUAGGUGAUUAUAAGUUCUUAAAGUGCAACUGCGUUUUUUUUAUAUUAAUAUUUGUCCGGUCACGAGUUUGUGCGUGUGUUUGUUUGGUGGAAAAAUUAAUCGAUUCAUGAUCAUUGUGGGGAUAUCUUGGUGAGGCACACAUGCAGACCUACACCUGCGAACGUACAAGUACACAUGUGCACAAAAUAAGGCGGGUGCCCUGAAGAGAUCACAGUUGCUCACUUGUUACAAACCUGGCAACCUUAUAAAAGAAAACGAUUAAUUUGAAGGUAACAAAUACUGUAUGGAUGUGUGAACUUCUUUCGUACGUAGCCAACCGUACUUCGCGGAGGCGCAGAAUUACUGGAUAGAUAUACAUACGCACAGUCGCUUAGAACCUGUCGUAGCCAUAUUUUAACUAUUUUGUACCUUUUUGAUUCUAAAAUGGUCCCCAACAGUCGAGAAACUAUGAUGUAUAGUUUUCCCAUAAUGGUGAGGAUUGAAACAAAAAUAUUACGGACCAAGAUAAAGUUGAAGCUUUUGAUUUGUUUACAAAUCGCACCCAUAGCUUGCGUUCACGCAGUUGUGGAUAUAGCUUCAAAUCGAUCAGCACUCGUUCAUGGGUGCAUUUUGGUUCACACGCGACGAUAAUCGUACCCAUCUUGAGUAUCCACAAGUGCGUGCUUGCCAUCUCCACACACAUGCACAAAAAAGAUGACAUGUAUAUAUACACUCGUAACGCUAGUUCACAAAUGACAUGAAAUCCUACCCAUGGAUACAUACGAUCAGAUGUUUGUGGCAAAAAAGACGUCUGAAUCCUAAGCGUUAGCAGUGCAAAUGUUUACAGGAAGACAGCCCGCUAAUCCGCACAUCCGUGAAAGCGUUACAAGCCCACCUGCAGGCUUGCUAUUGAAAUGCAUUAACUGGUGUUAGUCUUUGGCCCUCCCAACCACUUCGUGGUCUUCUCGAGGGCUUAUAGCUUUGGGAAGUAAUUGAACGGAAAGAUGGGGGGGAAGGUAUGGAAGUCCACGUCAAUUUUCGACUUUAAUGUUUCCAGUGGGAACAUUGUGGAGAUGUUGUUUCGCUCGUAUUUUUUUUAAGGGCCAUGACUCGCGGUGUGAUUUAAAUUGAAUGGAUUCUGGGGUCAGAGCUGGUGGUGGCAUCCAUCUCAAGUGCAUUGGGUUCACACCGACAAAGACAAUAACUUGAAGAGUAAUGCAAAGGUCUGAGAUGUCAAACAAAUGAGCAUUCCAUGGCAGGCCAUAACGCAUGUAGUGAUUUGAUUGCAGAGUUCUAUGGAAGCUUGUGAAAGUUGUGACGUCGGUGAGUAAAUCAUAUGUCAAUCUUGACCAAUAGCCAGCCAGCUCGUGCAACUCUCUUCGUCACAUUCAGUAGAUGACUACUGCACAUUUCGGUACAUGAGUACAGGGUUCCCUUAUGAGCUUUUUAAAAUGUGUGGUUUCCACUUUGAUGGUUCGAGUUGUACACCCGUGACUGAGUUAUCGACGGUGAAUAACCUCCCCUACUUCUUUGCCUUGCUUCAAAUGGUGUUUUUUUUGCUCCUGCUAACAAAUAUUGAGCUUUCACAAAGCAAUGUUUAGAGAGUGAAAACAGAGCCCAGAGAAAGACCGAGUAUGCGAAGGGCGGCAUCAGCUUAGACCGAGAUCUUUCAUACUUGCCAUGCGUUGUGUUGCACAUAGCGUGCAAUCUGAAAACAAAAUUGCAUGGGAAACAACCCAGAAUGCAUUCACGCUCGUCACAACAAUUGCUGCUGUGUACAACUACAGCCAUCAAGAAGAAGGAGUCUCGAGGAGUGGAAAUCCGUAACAUUAUUUUGUUUGUUGCUUUCAAUCAGUCAUCUUGUCUCGCUGGCACUGGUGUACUGGCCAGGCCGGGUAUUCCACGCAGUCCACUAUAUAUUUUAUUUGUCACAACAACCUAAUGCUACCAGUAGCGGGGUGACCUUGUACUUUGUGACGUCUAUGUUUUGAUUAACCUCAAUAACCACACCUGUUUUGCAUAUACAUAUAUAUGCAUAGCAGAUUGCAGUGGGUAUCUCAACUGAACUAUUGGCAUGGUAUAGACAUAGUUCAUUCAACCAUCGUGUAUGGAGUGUGUGCCCUGCCUGGGGGAGAGCGAGCAACUAUCCGUGUUGGCUGUUUUUUUGUAGGUCUGUGGUGAAGACUAUUAAGGGUGGAGCGAUUCAAUGAAUUGUCGCAAUUCAACAAUCAAUUACUUUCACAUUGCGUUGAAUAGUAGCACCCGUACUGGCUGCAGCAGUGACGGGAUCCCAUUGCAUACAGCAUAUAUGAAUCAAAUGUUCCUUCUUGCGCACAUGAUUUGGUGUUCGUAUCGUAGGUUUAAUAAUUGAUAUUCUAUGAAUCGAUGCAUCUCUAAUGUCUCGUAUGUAUGUUGACCUUUCGCACCGUACGUAGAUAACCGUGCUAAUCGGAGUUGCACACUGGCUGAUUCUUGUUCGCCGUUCUCUCUCUGCCCUCUUCUGACCAAAUGGACUUCACGUGCAUCUGAGCCUGCCUGGAUAGAGGCUGACAAAUCUUCCUCCCCAUUUUCUAAAUAAUAAUAUAAUGCCUGAGAAGGCAAGUGAUUCUGCCCAAGUCGGAUGAUGGCAUACGUGCUGUUAAGAGUAUACUCUGAUGUCAGGAUUGCUUGCUCUAAAGCGGUCAAAGCUAUGUAAUAUAUUGUGAAUGAUGUGGAGUUGAAUUUCGAUUUAAAGCUUUUGUGACUGCAGGGAUUCAUCUUGGUUCUUUCGGUAAAGUCACUGAAAAGGGAAAUAAAAUAAUAAAAAUAAAACAUAAAAAAAUAAUUCUCACGACGUUUCGGCCACAACGCAAGCAGCCGUCCUCAGGUGAAGAACAGGUAUGUCGGAAAGACAGUGUCGUGAGAAUUAUUUUAUUAUGUUUUAUUUUUAUUAUUUUAUUAUUUCCCUUCUACGUGACUUUACCGAAAGAACCAAGAAGAUGUUGAGUUGCUAAGAAACCACGAGGCAAUUUUCUGAUUAAGUGUUUUUUUUAUCACGAUAAAAAUUUUUCAUGGGUCUGUUUUUUCAACCAUAUGUAACGGCACCAAAAUUUCAAACACGAAGGUUCUUAAGCUGUCGGGAUCACAGCCAAUGUCAGUUGAAAUGGAAUGCAGCACGCCAAGCUCAGUAUUUUACUUAGGCGAGGCACCUGGCGUAGAGAUUUAGGCAAAUUGAUGUCCUUCAACAUUGUCACUGGACCGCGUGGUAAACUCAAAAUCACAUCGACCCUUGUCCGGUUCAAGGUUUGCAAUUCAAGUCAACUUAACAGCAGCGAGGAUGUGAAAGGGUAAGACGUUAGAUCGGCGAGUUUAAACACACGAUAAUCCGAUUGGAUACGAUCCUAUGUUGUCUGUGUGGUGCUUUAUAGAAUUGUUCAAGAGAAUGUUAUUUUUAGAUUAUUAUUUUUACAACGACCUAGGGGUUUUUGUGGCAUUGUAUGCACUUUAUGUUACCUAUGAUGCGGUCAACAUUCAAGGUCAUAUUGGAUUUUUUUUUUUGGGCUUCGUUAAGUGAAGUGAUGAGUGAAUUUGUCCAAAAAGAGUUUGAAUAUUAAAUACUUCCAAGUGGGAAUGGGUGGUAUGUGUAAAAUGUUCAUGAUAUGGAAUAGUCAUUUGAAUUACCUGUUCUGGUCCAGGUGAUUUUUUUGUUUUUUUAAUUAAGGAAAUUCCUUCAACCUCCGUCAUGUCAUUUGUUUUCUCCAAGAUUGUGUAAAAAAAGUCUUACUUCGUGAUUUCAGUGCUUGUGUUUAUACCAUCCCUUCCUGUUUGUGUCCCACAAUGCGCAUUUUUAGUUAGUCAUAUCAUUUUGAAGCACCCAGUUUGUGGUUAAUCCUGUUGUGCUUAAUGUAUAUCAGACGUGUCAAACGAUAAUGCCUUAGACGUUACCCUGAACUCUUUGCUAAAUCAGGUUUUCUCAAACUAUAGUCAAAAUGUACGUCAAGCGAUGUCAAAGUUGAGCUCUCUUUUUCGACUAUCAAAUACCCGGGUCACGAUCACACGACUACAAGCUAGGGUCAAACACCGCUAUCUUGAUGGGUAACAGCUAUUAACACUGCCUUCCUGUUUAGACUGCCCCCCCCCCACGCCUGCUCAGCUGAGCGAGGAAAACGAUCCCAAGGUUGAGCUGUACUCAGUCGUGUAUUGGGUACAAGCCAGUGCAGGGCUCAUCCGGCUCUCUGCAUUCAGUUAUUUUUGGUUUUCAUAGACAACUUCAGAAAUGAAUGAAGCUGAAAUCUUAAUCUGGUUGCCUUGCUGGCAGUGAUAUAUGAGGAGCCGUUAUAAGAGGAGGUUAUCAUCGUGCAUUGUUAAAGCUGCUCUUCUCGAUUAAGCAUCUGCUGACGGUUCUGAAUUUUUAUUUUUGCAACUUUGAUGCUCGUGAUUGUGAAAAUGUUGAAUUGUAAUGACUCCCUGAUCCAUUUUUACACCCUCAAAUUGUAUCCGCUACCUCUCUGUGGCCAGAUCCAUGCGUGUAUACAUUCUGUAAUAUGCAAGUUGUCUUUUAGCACUGUCCCACCCUAAAAUGCACCAGGAGCUACGCUCACCGCUUUAGGGAAUUGUGAACGGGGCGAUGUACACCUACGCACACGACUAACACUCCAAAAUAAAGUCGCCAGCAAUUGCGCUCGCGAUGAUCCAGACAGCUCCAUUCCAAAUGCGAUACAUGUACGUUAUACACAUUUAUUUUUGCUUCUAAAUCAGCCAGCGUUUGCGUUGCAGGUUUCCAAAGCUGUAAAUUCAUUCGCGUGCACAUAGCAGACGCAUACUCUUCCGGGUAGAUGUCGUGGGUCCUCUAACUCAGCGGUCCCCAACCUUUUUGGCACCAGGGACCGGUUUCGUGGAAGACAUUUUUUUCACGGACCGGUGGGGGGGGGGUUCAUCAUUGGGUCUUUUACAUCUUUUCAAAGAAGCUCUCCAACGACGUUUGUUUGUUACUCAUUUUGGCUAGGGGUUAGCAGCUUGUGGGCUUACCAACACUGUGACUGAGACACAAGUGCACAGUGCUGGAAAGAGGCGCGGAUGGAAGUGGCAAAUAAUAAAACAAUGAGAGCGGGCUACGCGCGGACUCACCGCUCUCACCUCCUGCUGCUGUGCGGCCCGUUUCCUAACAGGCCACGGACCGAUACCGGUCCGUGGCCCGGGGGUUGGGGACCCCUGCUCUAACUCUCCAAGGUUUAGGGUGGGACAGGGCAUGAUGGCCGGGAGAUGGAGGAGAUGAAAGCUGCUAUUGCAGCUGUCCUCCGGGCACAUCGACAAACGUGACGUUCGCUCUUAGCACCGCGCCGCGCGUGUGUAAAAGUACCUGUGAUUCUGCGAUAUUUCAGUUUGUUUACUUGCAUUUCCAGUUCGGUGGAUUCCAAAUGUUGGUAUUCGCACACCUGUAAUUGACUUAAUGUUUCUCAUUUAUUUCAUUUUGGUGGGGAGGGUGGUGUUUUCCUGCCGAAUCUAAAACACAUUUUCAAAUGGGAGAUGAAAUUUCAAUCUAAAGCAAAAUAUAUACAGUAAAUGUGUAUAUACAUUAUUUUGGAUUCAUAGAAGUAGCCUACCUAGGCAUUUCUAAUGGCUGUCAAUUUUUUUCAAAAAAUAAAACAAACAGUGCAUGCAACCGUUUUUUUUUGCUGCGUUUUUAUGGGACUGAUUCAAUAAUAAUUAAGGCGCAAUGUGUUUAUCAUAUUACGUCUAAUUUUCAACAGAUGUUCAUAUCAAGGAGCCAUGGCCAUUGGCUCACAUCAAACAAAAUCUCGGAGAGGGGAAGGGGGGGGAAAUCACUUUAAUUUUUAUCGCGUGGUUGAACAUCCGCGCUGCUGUCUGACCCACGCAUGCGUUUUGGGAUGAAUAUCCCAGUCGUCAUCUAUCAAUGUGUUUCAAUAAAAAAAUGAUCGCGAAAUCAUCGAGGUACAUAUCGUGUUUCUUUCAGUACACGCCCAUAAUUGCAACGUUGACUUAAUCACAUUGCAUGAAAACUCACUCGUAACGGGCGAAUCUCCGUGCUAACCCGUGGCAUGAGGACGAGUGAUGUUAGCGUUAUUCAAUUACGUUACACUGCGAGCACGACACGGCUGGUGACGUUGAAUAUCAGAAAGGACUGCUCUCAUUUUUAUUUUUACGGACAGAAUAUU